AUGGAGGGUUUCAAGCCCUUUGGAUGGUACCUCACCCUGGUACAGUUUGGGUUCUACUCCCUGUUUGGACUGGUGGAAUUGCAGCUCACACAGGACAAACGGAGAAGGUAAACGAGGAAAUGAAAGGGAAUUGAGUUCCAUUAGGCCUCUGCGCUUCAGCAAACAAAAGUAGGAUGGUGUUCAUCAAUAAAGACGGGAAUCCAAAAGUAGUGCUUUCCAGAGAAGAAAGUCCAUAGAUGGACUAGCCUAUUUCAUGGUUAAUGGCGUUUGAGCACUAUAAAAACAGAUUUACUUAAUCAUAGAAUGAUGAUCAGGCUCUAUCCCGUUAACUAUACAUAUUAUCUUAAUAAGCUAUGUGCGUUAUAACGCCAAAGAAUAUGACCUGUGAUCUCUCACUAGACCUCACUAUAUCAACAACACUUCAUUUUGUAUUGCUAGUAACCUUUUGUAUUUGUUUUUGUUGUCAUCCCACAAGGCUAAUUGCUCCUUUUCUCAUUGCAGAAUACCAGGGAAGACGUACAUGAUCAUAGCAUUUCUAACGGUGGGGACCAUGGGUCUAUCAAACACCUCACUGGGUUACUUGAAUUAUCCUACACAGGUCAUCUUCAAGUGCUGCAAACUCAUUCCUGUCAUGAUAGGAGGGAUAUUCAUUCAAGGUAAGUGGAUCUCUGUUUGUAUGAGAGCACGUAUUCACAAAGAGUCUCAGAGUAGGAGAGCUGAUAUAAGAUUAUAUGGACAGGGGGGACCUGAUCCUAGAUCAGCACUCCUACUGAAUACGGGCCCUGAUCUUGACGUGAAUAAUGUUUGUCAUUUUGCAUGACUGUGAUAAUGAACUUAACACUAGAGAAAAAUCAUAAUAGAUGCACUCUAUAGAAACCUAUGUGUCUUACCUCACACUGUCUAAAAACCUAUGUGUGUCUAACCUCACACUGUCUAGAAAUGUCUUACUACACUGUCUAGAAACCUAGUGUCUUACCUCACACUGUCUAAGAAACCUAUGGUGUCUACUCACACGUCUAAAACCUAUGUGGUGUCUUACCUACACUGUCUAGAAACCUAUGUGUCUUACCUCACACUGUCUAGAAACCUAUGUGUCUUACCUCACACUGUCUAGAAACCUAGUGUCUUACCUCACACUGUCUAAAACCUAUUGUGUCUUACCUCACACUGUCUAAAAACCAUGUCUUACUCACACUGUCUAGAAACCUAUGUGUCUUACCUCACACUGUCUAAAACCUGUGUGUCUUACCUCACACUGUCUAGAAACCUAUGUGUCUUACCUCACACUGUCUAGAAACCUAUGUCUUACCUCACACUGUCUAGAAACCUAUGUGUCUUACCUCACACUGUCUAGAAACCUAUAUGUGUGUCUUACCUCACACUGUCUAAAAACCUGUGUCUUACCUCACACUGUCUAGAAACCUAUGUCUUACCUCACACUGUCUAGAAACCUAUAUGUGUCUUACCUCACACUGUCUAGAAACCUAUUGUGUCUUACCUCACACUGUCUAGAAACCUAUUGUGUCUUACCUCACACUGUCUAGAAACCUAUGUGUCUUACCUCACACUGUCUAGAAACCUAUAUGUGUCUUACCUCACACGUCUAGAAACAAUAGUGUCUUACCUCACACUGUCUAGAAACAUGUCUUACCUCACACUGUCUAGAAACCUAUGUGUCUUACCUCACACUGUCUAGAAACCUAUGUGUGUCUUACCUCACACUGUCUAGAAACCUAUGUGUCUUACCUCACACUGUCUAGAAACCUAUAUGUGUCUUACCUCACACUGUCUAGAAACCUAUGUGGUCUUACCUCACACUGUCUAGAAACCUAUGUGUGUCUUACCUCACACUGUUUAGAAACAUGUCUUACCUCACACUGUCUAGAAACCUAUGUGUCUUACCUCACACUGUCUAGAAACCUGUCUUACCUCACACUGUCUAGAAACCUAUAUGUGUCUUACCUCACACUGUCUAGAAACCUAUGUCUUACCUCACACUGUCUAGAAACCUAUGGUGUCUUACCUCACACGUCUAGAAACCUGUGUCUACCUCACAACUGUCUAGAAACAUGUUCUACCUCACACUGUCUAGAAACCUAUGUGUCUUACCUCACACUGUCUAGAAACCUUAUGUGUCUUACCUCACACUGUCUAAAACCUUGUGUCUUACCUCACACUGUCUAGAAACCUAUGUGUCUUACCUCACACUGUCUAAAACCUGUGUCUUACCUCACACUGUCUAGAAACCUAUGUCCUACCUCACACUGUCUAGAAACCUAUUGUGUCUUACCUCACACUGUCUAGAAACCUAUAUGUGUCUUACCUCACACUGUCUAGAAACCUAUGUGUGUCUUACCUCACACUGUCUAGAAACCUAUAUGUGUCUUACCUCACACUGUCUAGAAACCUAUAUGUGUCUUACCUCACACUGUCUAGAAACCUGUGUGUCUUACCUCACACUGUCUAGAAACCUAUAUGUGUCUUACCUCACACUGUCUAGAAACCUAUGUGUGUCUUACCUCACACUGUCUAGAAACCUAUAUGUGUCUUACCUCACACUGUCUAGAAACCUAUGUGUCUUACCUCACACUGUCUAGAAACCUGUGUGUCUUACCUCACACUGUCUAGAAACCUAUGUGUAUCUUACCUCACACUGUCUAGAAACCUAUGUGUGUCUUACCUCACACUGUCUAGAAACCAUAUGUGUCUUACCUCACACGUCUAGAAACCUAUAUGUGUCUUACCUCACACUGUCUAGAAACAUGUCUUACCUCACACUGUCUAGAAACCUAUGUGUCUUACCUCACACUGUCUAGAAACCUGUGUCUUACCUCACACUGUCUAGAAACCUAUGUGUGUCUUACCUCACACGGUCUAGAAACAUGUCUUACCUCACACUGUCUAGAAACCUGUGUCUUACCUCACACUGUCUAGAAACCUAUGUGUGUCUUACCUCACACUGUCUAGAAACCUAUGUGUGUCUUACCUCACACUGUCUAGAAACCUAUGUGUGUCUUACCUCACACUGUCUAGAAACCUGUGUCUUACCUCACACUGUCUAGAAACCUAUUGUGUCUUACCUCACACUGUCUAGAAACCUAUGUGUGUCUUACCUCACACUGUCUAGAAACCUAUGUCUUACCUCACACUGUCUAGAAACCUAUAUGUGUCUUACCUCACACUGUCUAAAAACCUAUGUCUUACCUCACACUGUCUAGAAACCUAUGUGUGUCUUACCUCACACGGUCUAGAAAUAUGUCUUACCUCACACUGUCUAGAAACCUAUGUCUUACCUCACACUGUCUAGAAACAUGUCUUACCUCACACUGUCUAAAAACCUGUGUCUUACCUCACACUGUCUAGAAACCUAUAUGUGUCUUACCUCACACUGUCUAAAAACCUGUGUCUUACCUCACACUGUCUAGAAACCUAUGUCUUACCUCACACUGUCUAGAAACCUAUAUGUGUCUUACCUCACACUGUCUAGAAACAUGUGUGUCUUACCUCACACUGUCUAGAAACCUAUGUCUUACCUCACACUGUCUAGAAACCUAUAUGUGUCUUACCUCACACUGUCUAAAAACCUGUGUCUUACCUCACACUGUCUAGAAACCUAUGUGUGUCUUACCUCACACUGUCUAGAAACCUAUGUCUUACCUCACACUGUCUAGAAACCUAUUGUCUUACCUCACACUGUCUAGAAACCUAUAUGUGUCUUACCUCACACGUCUAAAAACCUGUGUCUUACCUCACACUGUCUAGAAACCUAUGUUCUUACCUCACACUGUCUAGAAACCUAUGUGUCUUACCUCACCUGUCUAGAAACCUAUAGUGUCUUACCUCACACGUCUAGAAACCUAUAUGUGUCUUACCUCACACUGUCUAGAAACAUGUCUUACCUCACACUGUCUAGAAACAUGUCUUACCUCACACUGUCUAGAAACCAUGUGUCUUCCUCACACUGUCUAGAAACCUAUGUGUCUUACCUCACACUGUCUAAAACUAUGUGUCUUACCUCACACUGUCUAGAAACCUAUGUGUCUUAACCUCACACUGUCUAGAAACCUAUGUGUUUACUCACACUGUCUAGAAACCUAUGUGUCUUACCUCACACUGUCUAGAAACAUGUCUUACCUCACACUGUCUAGAAACCUAUGUGUCUUACCUCACACUGUCUAGAAACAUGUCUUACCUCACACGGUCUAGAAACCUAUGGUCUUACCUCACACGGUCUAAAGAAACCUAUAUGUGUCUUACCUCACCAAUGUCUAGAAACCUAUGUGUGUCUUACCUCACACUGUUCUAGAAACCUAUUUGUGUCUUUACCUCACACUGUUAGAAACAUGUCUUACCUCACACUGUAUAGAAAACAUAUGUGUCUGACAUCCACUCUGUCUAGAAACAUGUCUUACCUCACACGCUAGAAACAUGUCUUACCUCACACUGUCAGAAAAAUGUGUGUCUUACCUCAAACUUGUCUAAAAACCUGUUGUCUUACCUCACACUGUUAGAAACCUAUGCUGGUCUUACCUCACACUGUCUAAAACCUGUGCUUACCGCAAACGUCUAGAAACCUAUGUCUUACCUCCACAAUGUACUUCUAGAAACCUAUAUGUUUCUUACCUCACACUGUCUACAAACCUGGUUUCUUACCCUCACACUGUCUCUAGAAACCUAUGUGUGUCUUACCUCACACUGUCUAAAAACCUGUGUCUUACCUCACACUGUCUAGAAACCUAUAUGUGUCUUACCUCACACUGUCUAAAAACCUGUGUCUUUCUUCACACUGUCUAGAAACCUAUAUGUGUCUUACCUCACACUGUCUAGAAACCUAUGUGUGUCUUACCUCACACUGUCUGGAAACCUAUGUGUGUCUUACCUCACACUGUCUAGAAACCUAUGUGUGUCUUACCUCACACUGUCUAGAAACCUAUGUGUGUCUUACCUCACACGGUCUAGAAACCUAUAUGUGUCUUACCUCACACGGUCUAGAAACAUGUCUUACCUCACACUGUCUAGAAACAUGUCUUACCUCACACUGUCUAGAAACCUGUGUCUUACCUCACACUGUCUAGAAACCUGUGUCUUACCUCACACUGUCUAUAAACAUGUGUCUUACCUCACACUGUCUAGAAACCUAUGUGUCUUAACUCACACUGUCUAGAAACCUAUAUGUGUCAACUCACACUGUCUAGACUCCUGAGUGGCGCAGUGGUCUAAGGCACUGCAUCGCUAGUGCUAACUGUGCUACUAGAGAUCCUGGUUCGAAUCCAGGCUCUGUCGCUGCCGGCCGCGACCAGGAGACUCAUGGGCGGCGCACAAUUGGCCCAGCGUCGUCCAGGGUAGGGGAGGGAAUGGCCGGCAGGGAUGUAGCUCAGUUGAUAGAGCAUGGCGUUUGCAACGCCAGGGUUGUGGGUUCGAUUCCCACGGGGGGCCAGUAUAAAAAAAAUAUGUAUUCACUAACUGUAAGUCGCUCUGGAUAAGAGCGUCUGCUAAAUGACUAAAAUGUAAAUGUAAUGUAAAUGUAGAAACCUAUAUGUGUCUUACCUCACACUGUCUAGAAACAUGUCUUACCUCACACUGUCUAGAAACAUGUCUUACCUCACACUGUCUAGAAACCUAUGUGUCUUACCUCACACUGUCUAGAACCUAUGUGUGUCUUACCUCACACGGUCUAGAAAACCUAUGUGUGUCCUUACCUCACACGGUCUAGAAACCUAUAUGUGUCUUACCUCACACUGUCUAGAAACCUAUGUGUGUCUUACCUCACACUGUUUAGAAACAUGUUUUUAUGUCUUACCUCACACUGUCUAGAAACAUAUGUGUCUUACCUCACAGUCUCGAAACCUGUGUCUUACUCACACUGUUUAGAAAACAUGUCCUUACCUCACCACUGUCUAGAAACCCUAGUGUACUUCCCUCACACAUGUCUAGAACAUGUCUUACCUCACACUGUCUAGAAAACCUAGUGUGUCUUACCUCCCACUGUACUAGAAAACAGUCUCUACCUCAACACGGUCUAGAAACCUGUGUCUUUCCCUCACACUGGUCUAGCAACAUGUCUUACCUCACACUGUCUAGAAACCUAUGUGUGUCUUACCUCACACUGUUUAGAAACAUGUCUUACCUCACACGUCUAGAAACCUUAUGUGUCUUACCUCACACUGUUUAGAAACAUGUCUUACCUCACACUGUCUAGAAACCUAUGUGUGUCUUACCUCACACUGUCUAGAAACCUAUGUGUCUUACCUCACACUGUCUAGAAACCUAUGUGUCUUACCUCACACUGUCUAGAAACCUAUAUGUGUCUUACCUCACACUGUCUAGAAACUAUGUCUUACCUCACACUGUCUAGAAACCUAUAUGUGUCUUACCUCACACUCGUUACACCCUCACCUCCAAGCAAUGACCACUGUUCAACAGUUAUUUCGGAGUUCCGUCCAUACUUUUUUGGGGGUUGUUUGCGAGUGUCAAGUUUGAGGAGGCCUAGUGCUCAGUAUUCUGCCUUUCGUCUCCAAGACAUGGUCUUCAUAAUGGUUCUACGUCCUAGCUAUCAGAAGCUAGUUGUUUUCGUUCCUUUCUCCCUCUGCCUGUAUUGACGAUGCAGACCACAGGUCCCCCAGGGGGGCUAGUUGGAAGCACUACUGCAUUCUCACAGGAUGCGAACGAGAUCUGAUGUGAACCCUUCAAAGGGGGAAUGAAAGCACGACCAACCUGCUGCGUCACAUUGUCCCCCCAAGGCAUCUAUCGGCCUGUUUAGGAAGGUUCUUCAGCCUCCUCUUCCUUUCCUUUUCUGUUGCAGUUUUCCAACACGAAGCAACCUCAGCCCUCUCCUCUCUCCCCCCUCUUGUCCUGUUUGGAUUUGAUUGAAAAGUCCUGUAGAACGUUUUUUGCGUGGCUGAACUUGUUCAAAGGGCCAUGUGCACCUGCCAACCUUUCAGAUUCAGAUUGAGUGUUCAAUAGUCACAUGUACAGGGUUGCAGGUGUGAUUGCAGGGUACAGUGAAAAUCUUACGCUUCGAGCUCCAACAUGCAGGUCUAAAUGAAAUGAAAUAAUGAAAAUGGUAACAAAAAACAACAAUAGAAAUAGCUCUAUCAGUGAGGGGAAAAAGUAUUUGAUCCCCUGCUGAUUUUGUACGUUUGCCCACUGACAAAGAAAUGAUCAGUCUAUCAUUUUAAUGGUAGGUUUAUUUGAACAGUGAGAGACAGAAUAACAACAAAAAAAUCCAGAAAAACGCAUGUCAAAAAUGUUAUAAAUUGAUUUGCAUUUUAAUGAGGGAAAUAAGUAUUUGACCCCUCUGCAAAACAUUACUUAGUACUUGGUGGCAAAACCCUUGUUGGCAAUCACAGAGGUCAGACGUUUCUUGUAGUUGGCCACCAGGUUUUCACACAUCUCAGGAGGGAUUUUGUCCCACUCCUCUUUGCAGAUCUUCUUCAAGUCAUUAAGGUUUCGAGGCUGACGUUUGGCAACUCGAACCUUCUGCUCCCUCCACAGAUUUUCUAUGGGAUUAAGGUCUGGAGACUGGCUAGGCCACUCCAGGACUUUCAUGUGCUUCUUCUUGAGCCACUCCUUUGUUGCCAUGGCCGUGUGUUUUGGGUCAUUGUCAUGCUGGAAUACCCAUCCACGACCCAUUUUCAAUGCCCUGGCUGAGGGAAGGAGGUUCUCACCCAAGAUUUGACAGUACAUGGCCCCAUCCAUCAUCCCUUUGAUGCGGCAAAGCUGUCCUGUCCCCUUAGCAGAAAAAACCCCCAAAGCAUAAUGGUUCCACCUCCAUGUUUGAUGGUGGGGAUGGUGUCUUGGGGUCAUAGGCAUUAUUCCUCCUCCUCCAAACACAGCAAGUUGAGUUGAUGCCAAAGAGCUCGAUUUUGGUCUCAUCUGACCACAACACUUUCACCCAGUUCUCCUCUGAAUCAUUCAGAUGUUCAUUGGCAAACUUCAGACGGGCAUGUAUAUGUGCUUUCUUGAGCAGGGGGACCUUGCGGGUGCUGCAGGAUUUCAGUCCUUCACGGCGUAGUGUGUUACCAAUUGUUUUCUUGGUGACUAUGGUUCCAGCUGCCUUGAGAUCAUUAACAAGAUCCGCCCGUGUAGUUCUGGGCUGAUUCCUCACCGUUCUCAUGAUCAUUGCAACUCCACAAGGUGAGAUCUUGCAUGGAGCCCCAGGCCGAGGGAGAUUGACAGUUCUUUUGGGAUGUAGCUCAGUUGAUAGAGCAUGGCGUUUGCAACGCCAGGGUUGUGGGUUCGAUUCCCACAGGGGGUAUGAAAAAAAUAAAAUAAUGUAAGUCGCUCUGGAUAAGAGCGUCUGCUAAAUGACUAAAAUAUAAAUGUAAAUGCUUUGUGUUUCUUCCAUUUGCGAAUAAUCGUACCACCUGUUGUCACCUUCUCGCCAAGCUGCUUGGCGAUGGUCUUGUAGCCCAUUCCAGCCAUGUGUAGGUCUACAAUCCUGUCCCUGACAUCCUUGGAGAGCUCUUUGGUUAUGGCCAUGGUGGAGAGUUUGGAAUCUGAUUGAUUGAAUGCUUCUGUGGACAGGUGUCUUUUAUACAGGUAACAAGCUGAGAUUAGGAGCACUCCCUUUAAGAGUGUGCUCCUAAUCUCAGCUCGUUACCUGUAUAAAAGACACCUGGGAGCCAGAAAUCUUUUUGAUUGAGAGGGGGUCAAAUACUUAUUUCCCUUAUUAAAAUGCAAAUGAAUUUAUAUAACAUUUUUGACAUGUGUUUUUCUGGAUUUUGUUGUUGUUAUUCUGUCUCUCACUGUUCAAAUAAACCUACCAUUAAAAUUAUAGACUGAUCAUGUCUUUGUCAGUGGGCAAACGUACAAAAUCAGCAGGGGAUCAAAUACUUUUUUCCCUCACUGUACAUAAUAACCUGCAGCCAGUGAGACACGUGCCUCUCUCAACUCACGCUGAUCUGAGGCAGAGCCCUUGUCACAAAGGGAAAUGCCCUUUAGAUCACCUUUUUAGUUUCAAAGGUUUGGAUGAUUGGAUGUCCAGUCAUGACAGGUGUUGGAUCAAUCGGAAUCAUCAGAAAAAAAGUUCUCGACACUGAGAUCCACUGAGUGUAUUCAACUUUCUAUCCAAGUGGAACGUGUCAAUCAAGUAGUCUCCCUGAAUUCUAAGUCAGCUGCUAUGGAGGAAUUCCCUUGACUCUGUAGUCUAACGGCGCUCUGUUUUCUAGGGAAACGGUACAAUCUGGCGGAUGUAUUGGCUGCUCUCUGUAUGAGUCUAGGACUCAUCUGGUUCACCCUAGCUGACAGUAAAGUGGCACCCAACUUCAAUGCAACAGGUAACGGGAAUUUUAAUCUGUUAUGUAUCUACUGGUAAAUCGGCCCUAUGGUUACGACACUGUUUAGCCAAGGAUCAAUCCUUUCACCAUCCAAAUAAUUUACGUGUCGUAAAACGUGUAUCAAAGUAAUCAGAAUACUGACAUUUAUGAGCAUGGGGCAAAUUAAGUCUAGUAGUUGUUACCUGGGCUGGGACUGAAGUACUUUUAAAUGUGGAGUUUGAACUCCUUUACUUAAAGAGUCUGAGUUUGUACCACAUAUGUACAAACAUAUAGGUUUCCCCACACUCUGAAAAUACAGGCACAGAAAGGAUGCUGUUUCAGCAAUUCCAAAGCCUCCAUUGCUGUGCUGUUAUUGGUUACGGUGGUUAACCUGGUUGUGUCUGGUGUUUUAGGGGUCCUCCUCAUCUCCCUGGCUCUGUGCGCUGACGCUGCCAUUGGGAACGUGCAGGAGAAAGCCAUGAAGCUCCACAACGGCUCCAACUCUGAAAUGGUACUGGUAUUUUAUUAGGAUCCCCAUUAGCUGUUGCGAAAGCAGGAGCUACUCUUCCUUGGUUCCACACAAAACAUGAAACAUGACAUAAUACAGAAGGUUAAUAGAAAAGACAACAGCUCAAGGACAGAACUACAUCAAAAAAAUGUUUUAAGUCACACGUAGCCUACAUAUCAAUACAUACACAGAAACUAUCUAGGUCAAAUAGGGUAGAGGCGUUGUGCCGUGAGGUACUGAGGACCUGCCUUAAAACCAACGUGGUAUAUUUAUAUUGCAAACCCAAUUGUAUAAACUGUCCUGAAUCACCUGAGACUUAUGUGAAGGAUUUUGCUUGUGUUCAAGGUUUUGUAUUCCUAUUGCAUCGGUUUCGGGUACAUAUUAACAGGCCUGUUGGGUGUGGGUGGAUUGGGACCAGCAGUGGCUUUUUGCUCUCAGGUUAGUAGAACCCUCUCUGUCAUGUUUCAUUAUAAUAGUUGAAACAUGCACCGUUCUGUAGUUGGCAUUUGUUUGAUGCGCUCUGUGGAUAACAUAUGAAUUGGUAAAAGAUGUUGAUAUGACAAUCUAUUGAAUCAUUAUUUUAUUUUUUUCAGCAUCCUGUGACGACAUACGGUUAUGCAUUCUUCUUCUCUCUCACGGGGUACUUUGGCAUUUCAUUUGUGCUGGCCUUGAUCAAACUCUUUGGAGCCCUGGUCGCAGUCACAGGUGAGAAGACCGUUCGGGUCUGGGCAAACGCUUUGCUUGCGGAACCGCAUAAAAUAACUCUCACUCUCUUUUUAUGUCUGAAAGUGUUCAAUUGAACAGUUCCCAUUGUUUCCUAUGACUAGUCCAUAUUUUACUAUCAAAAAAACGUUUUAAUUCAGAAUAUUGGGAAUUUUUGGACCAAUGGAAUCUUGAGUUAGGGAAGUUCUAAGUAAGCAUAUGGUUCCACAUAAUGGCCCCUACAAUAUGACUUGUGAUAUCCUUACUAACCCUCCAACUUAUCUCUAAAUUCUAAACGCAUAAACGUUUGACAUUUCGCAGUGGUAGAAAAGUAAUAUCAGAUUACUGAAAUGAAGCCAGAUUAGAGUGAUCGUAAUCUUAUUUAAAAGUUCUGGAAACUUCCAGAUUCAUUUUGACAUUAACUGCAAGACAAAUGUCUAAGUAAUCUCAUCACCAAAGUUAAAGAAAUGUAUCUUUCCUAGAUGUCCAUUGGAUGUGACAAACUUAGAUUCAAGGUUGUGUGGUAUUCUUUUUCUCACUCUUCUAUCUUCUGUUCAUUUCAGUGACGACCGGACGUAAGGCUAUGACGAUUGUACUAUCCUUUAUGUUCUUCUCAAAGCCUUUUACUUUUCAGUAAGUCAUUUUAUCUUCAGUCUCUUCUAUUUGACUUUAGUUAAAUUUAGCCUGCUUUCAAGGCACUGGAAACAUUCUAACGUGCCUCUCCGUUCCAUUUCCUCUCAGGUACAUAUGGAGUGGCCUUUUAGUUCUGUUCGGAAUUUUCCUGAAUGUUUACAGCAAAAACAAAGACAAGAUGAAGCUGCCAUCUUUGGCCGACCUCAGGAAUAUGGUUCUAACAGGGAAGAAGGUCAGGCUGCUAUCACAGAACGUGUAGUAAGAUAAACAAACGUUUUUCUAACGUUCCUAUCUAACAUGGACCUAAUAACGGGUGGGCUCCUAAUGCAUUUUAAGGCCAUAGAGCCCCACCCAUAAACAUUCCCAGGAGGAGGAUGUGGAUGUGGUGCAUCUACGAGACUCUGAAAGGGAAGCUGGCGCCUUAGCUAACCUGAAUGGCACAGUUUUCCACUGUAAGUGACUAUUACUUUAGCCUGUGCAGGACGAAGGGGGACGAGACGUUUGAAAGAUAGGCUAUAGACUUUUAUUGAACUGAUCAUGUCCGAAAUUGAAUGUUUACCAAAAAAUGUUUACUUAAAAUGGCAUAUUUUCACCCGCAUGUGCCAGAAGACACACAAAAAAAAGAAGGUUUUACUCAAUCACUGUCUGAGAAAUGUCUUCUUAUGGUUUGUUUGUCAUUUAUAUCCAAUUGGACAAAAGUCCUCUCAGCAGCACAGUGACAUCUUAUCACGCUCGGAAGUGUAUAAACGUGUGAACUGCCAUAUUUGUGAACCAUUUGUUUUGGUGAAAGGGUAGUAGCUCUCUUUACAUUAAAAACAAACUGGGAAGUUUAUCCAAAAGGUUUUUUUUUCAUGUGCUUUCAUAUAUUACAGUGUAAGUAGCUGGCUUGCCAGCAAUCUCUUAUCCAUUGGCUGCAGAGGAGGGAGUUGAACGGCUGCCAGGGAGCUUCUC